UGAAAAACCUCUUAAAUCCUACAGAGAACCAACCUAGGACCAUUAAAGCUGUCCUAGAAUUCAUCAAGACAACCGAAUUUUCCUAUGGAAAUAGGAUACUAAAUGGGAAUAUAUGUUGCCCUGUGGGCGGCAGCAAUGUGCCGUAAGGGCAUCUAGACUGCCGGAAAUUAAAAGAAGAAGAAGAGUCCAUGGCGUUUUUGGAUGGAUGGCCUGCUCUGGUGGAUCUAGCUAGCCUGUCAAAACUGCAUUCAAACGAGAGCAACGUGGGAUAAACAGGUGCUGUUCUGGUUUGAUAACCGUAACUAAGACUUGAACAGGCCAAGCGAGAAAUCCACUGUUCCCCUCCCCGACCUUCUGUUCCUGACCCUCUCUGAAACACAUCUUUCAUCAUGAAUGAAGUUAAUGUAGUCAGAGAGGGCUGGCUUCACAAAAGAGGUGAAUAUAUCAAAACAUGGAGGCCCAGGUAUUUUAUCCUGAAGAGUGAUGGUUCCUUCAUUGGCUACAAGGAGAAGCCUGAUCUAAACGACCAGACUUCACCACCACUCAACAACUUCUCAGUGGCAGAGUGCCAGUUAAUGAAGACUGAAAGACCCCGGCCCAACACAUUCGUCAUUCGUUGCUUACAGUGGACCACUGUCAUUGAACGCACCUUUCACGUGGACAGCAAUGAGGAGAGAGAGGAGUGGAUGCGGGCAAUCCAGUCAGUGGCAAAUAGUCUGAAGAUGCGGGAACAAGAGGAGGAUGAACCAAUGGAUAUGUUCGGCUCACCCAGCGAAAGCAGCCUGGAGGAGAUGGAGGUGUUGAUGUCCAAGAACCGCUCCAAAGUGACAAUGAGUGACUUUGAGUACCUGAAGCUGCUUGGAAAGGGGACAUUUGGGAAGGUGAUUCUGGUCAAAGAGAAGUCGACCGGAGUACAUUAUGCCAUGAAAAUACUGCGCAAAGAGGUCAUCAUAGCCAAGGAUGAGGUGGCCCAUACAGUUACAGAGAGCAGAGUGUUACAAAACACACGACACCCCUUCCUCACGACACUGAAGUAUGCCUUCCAAACCCACGAUCGACUCUGUUUUGUAAUGGAAUAUGCCAAUGGAGGCGAGCUCUUCUUCCACCUGUCACGGGAACGAGUGUUCACAGAAGACCGGGCACGCUUCUAUGGUGCUGAGAUUGUGUCGGCGCUCGAGUACCUCCACUCACGUGACGUUGUUUAUCGUGAUCUAAAGCUGGAGAAUCUGAUGCUGGAUAAAGACGGCCACAUCAAAAUCACUGAUUUUGGCCUUUGUAAGGAAGGCAUUACCCCUGACGCUACCAUGAAAACCUUCUGUGGUACUCCUGAAUAUCUGGCACCUGAGGUCCUAGAAGAUAAUGACUAUGGCCGGGCAGUGGACUGGUGGGGUCUGGGUGUAGUCAUGUAUGAGAUGAUGUGCGGCCGUCUGCCUUUCUACAACCAAGACCAUGAGCGUUUGUUUGAGCUCAUCCUCAUGGAGGAAAUCCGCUUCCCCAGGAACCUGUCGCCCGAGGCCAAGUCCCUGCUGGCUGGCCUGCUCAAGAAAGACCCCAAACAGAGGUUGGGUGGAGGUCCCACUGACGCCAAAGAAGUAAUGAGUCACAAAUUUUUUAUCAUUAUCAACUGGCAGGAUGUGGUACAAAAGAAGCUUACCCCACUGUUCAAACCGCAAGUGACAUCAGAGACAGACACCCGGUACUUUGAUGACGAGUUCACAGCACAGACCAUCACACUCACUCCUCCAGACAAGUAUAACAGUCUGGACUGCGAGGACCCUGGCCAGCAAGCGCAUUUCCCUCAGUUCUCCUACUCUGCUAGCAUAAGAGAGUGAUAGCAUCUCUGCCACACACACACAAACACACAAAAACAAAUGAGGCAUGAACACCUUGGCCACAUCCUUACAGCUAUAAAAUGACCAGAACCUCCAUCUUUAAUGAGGUUUAGUCCGUCAGCAUCGAAGUGCCUCAGCUGGCAGCCAUAUUGUUUUAUAGAAGCCCCCUCUGUCAACACUACGGGCAAAGCCUGGCCAUACUGACUGUACUGUAUCAAACUGGACUUCAGGACCUUACGUAGUCAUCAGCACAACUGAAAAACAUCUGUCUGAAGCACCUUUGGAUGGCCUAUAACUACUGCUGCUUUUUCAAUAUAAACCGUUGAUCAUUUUUAGCACUCUCUUUUAAUGGUCUUUAUGGACAGUUUCUUUAAUGAUGUUUCCAAGUGCUCUUCUUCAGAACUAGCUGUUACAACUGGUGAUAGACAGGUUUGUAUAUGACAAAGUUGCGGGGCAGUUUGUUGGGUGUUUCUGUUAGGUGUGUGUGUGGAUCUUUUUUCUUUGUUUUUUUGAGAAAAAGGAGGGCAUCAAGUCCAAACUGGAUGUCAUCAGUUGGGUCAGAGGGAGUCUGUAAGAGCAAGAGGUUUUGUUCGUGUCUUAAUACAACACUUGCCCAACAUGCAUCAGGAACAACAGAUUAAUUGAUAAGACAUGAUUAUCAAUGUGUCUCCGUGGAGAAAAGCUUUGAGCGGAAGAUGAGGUGUUGGAGAGAGAGGCUGUCCUUUAACUGUAUGCAAUGAAAACACAUCACUUGUUUAUUAGUUUGCUCUCAUCUCAAACUUUGAUCUUUGUUAACAGAUCUGUCAAGUGUGACACAUCAAUUAAUGGGAAUCGAGAGUACCUUAAUGCACAAGGUGUAUGUUCUUUUUUAAGGAUUUUUAAUUCUAACAUUUUUUUUUAAAUCUUUUUCGAUCAGCAAAAUACACACCAUUUUUGUGAUUUAAGAGGAUUAAUAAGCACUUAGUGAUUUAAAGCAGACCUCAUUUUUCUCAGAUGGACCAUGUUUAUAAUGUAGCUGAAAGCUUCCUGGAUUGGUGUCGGUGCUUAGUAUUUUUUAACAUCUCAUGGAAAUGUGUCUGUUGCACUGAGUAUCAAAAACUGUGAGAUACCAGAAGCUGGUAUCAAAUGUCUGGUCAGAUUCAUAAUCCUGUUAAUUUCUUCUGUGAUCAGAUUUACAUCAACCAUUGGCCAGAGUUAGACUAUUUAAUUUGAACAAAGUUCUAGGAUGGAUGCAUGUGUUUCAACAAAAUUUAACAUUGGAGUUAAAUGAGAAAUAAAAUGUAGAAACCCUCAAAGUAAGGUUUAAGAAAGUAUUGUAUAUGUAUUGAAACUCAGGUGUUGUAUCAGCACCACUAUUGAAAAAAAAGCAACAAACUGAAUUCUAGCACUUUCAGAGUUCAUGUUCAUAUUUCGAGUGUCAUCCUUUCUUAGCAUUCAAAGCUACUUCUGUAAUAUUUCCAAUUCACUUAUACCUAUGUUACAACAUAUGUUAGUAACCUUUCUAUGAAAGUAGUCUUUCCUCAAAUCACAAUUCACCAUUUUAAACUGUACCUGCUUGAUACCUAACAAGUUUGAAGUUGUGGCUGAAAAUCCACACAUUUUAAUGUUCUCCUGGCUAUUGUGUGUCUGUUAUCUUUUUGUACAUCUAAUUGUGCUUACAAUGUUCCAGUGCAUCUACACCCCUGCUGCUUUUAAGACUUGACUGUUCCAUUAGAUUUGAUUAGACAUAAAUUAGCAGAACUAAGAAAUCCUCUAGGGAGCUGUGAAUAUCAUGAACAUGGUCCAUUGUGAGAUUUUUUCAUUUGAGUGCAAUGGUGACUUGCAGGGAUGUAUUUUUUAUUAUUAUUUUCAAUUCUUCCCAUCUAUUAUUAAUCACUGCACAAUAUUAAAUGGUAAAAAGGGGGCAUGCACCUUUUAUAAUUUGCAAUACUGGGUGUUAUACUGUACAUGACAAUGCACCCAACAUUGUAUUGGUGUACUGGUAAUAAAUACAGAGCUGGUGCAGACAACCUGCUCAACCUCCCAUUAGACACAGAGCCUUCUAUCACCUGUGUUGUUUGAAAAAAAAAAAAAAAUCAGUUAUCUUUGUUUUUUUCCUGUUUUACUCCUCGACUUGCUGUUUUCCCUCAUCCUUCCUGUACCCUGAACCUCCUUUGCAGAUUAAUUAAGUAAAUUGAUAAUAGUUGAAAGGAAAUGUAUGUUUUCAGUUACAUUUUCAAUUCAAACAAUGGAUUUCUAUUCAUCUUUGAAUGUAAUUUUGAAAGAGUGAUCCAAUACACAUUUUUAACUGUCUUAAUACA